AUGGACUCGUGUGAUGAAAUCAUUAAACACUUUUGGUACUGUUGUGAAGUAGCCUCCAAGAAUGAAAUGACUCAGGAUGAAGCUGUGAAGGAAAUGAAGGUAAAUGUUCAACUCUAAGUUUCUUUCCAUAAUCAUUAAGACAUGUGUUCGAUACAUUGUGCCUUAAAAUGAUUUGAAUAAUUGAUUGGGUCACAUGAUAUACAUUGAUAUGUAAGCAACGCAUUCUGAUCGACUGCUGCUACUAUACAAUAUUUAACAAAAUAUAAAACAUUUUCCAUGUUGAUAUACAGUUAUAUCAACAUGAGUGGAAUUGGGAAAACGAGAAAUUGUAUGGAAACACAACACCUGAAGGGCGGAGUGUUUUCAUACAAUUUCGAGUUUUCCCAACUUCCAUGAGUGUUGAUAUAACUAUAUAUCAAUACGGAGAGGGUGUUUUAUAUUUUUUUAUAAUAUAGCAAUGUCAAAAGCCUGAAAGAUAAGAAAAAUUUCCGUGUUUACAAGCAGCAGAAAAUUUCCUGUGUUGACAUUGAGUUAUAUCAACAUGGCUCUUAGCCAAUCAGCGUUCAGAAUUUACAAAUGCUAUACUAUAUAAUUUUGUUUGCAGGAUAAGUGGUUUGGUCUGCUUCAUCAUGUGCGUAAUACACAUUCCUGGCUAGGAGGAAGAUGUGGACAUGGAGAGUAUGGGAGAGAGGAGGAUGUGGAAUGGUUUGAUGAGAGAGAGGAGGUAUUCAAGACUCUUCAGAAAAUCAUCAACAAUCCAAAACUACUUGACACCUUCAGAUUCUAUACUCGUUUCGGAUAAAAAAAAUGCAUUACUUUUUUAGUUUACUCUGUCUAAUGUCAGACGAUUUUACUUGUCAAUGGGAGAGUUUUGCACUUUAAUGGAUUAAACUGCUUUUAUUAUGGCAUUACAAGGUAUUACACAGAUUUUUUCUAUUUGCCUAUUUUAGGCACACAGGUAGCAUAGAAUGUGCUAAUAAUUUGUCACUGGCAUACUGUCCAAAGAGAUGUUCUUUUAAGUAAAUAGUAUUUUUCGAGCUUCCUGAUUUAUACAGCCAACAGUAAGUCAAUGAUAAGCAAUUUAAUGUCUUGACAUGGUAGAAAUAGUUUGUUGCAUCUGCUGAUGUUACAGGUUUCCAGUUACUGCCAGAAAACAGUUAGCUGCUAUUGACUGGAAUUGCCAUAAGGACUUACCUGCAAACGAAUUAGAUUCUCGUCCUGGAGAGGUGAUGGUAAGCCAAAAGUACAACCAAAGAAUGAAAUCAUGGGACUCGAAGAUCAUUAAAAAAGCAAAGGACUAUGCAUAUGUUACCUUGAUGGUGGCAAAAAUACUUAACAGUAGGAUGGCUGACAAAAAGAGUGUGGAACGGAAAGUUCAUAUAUACCACAUAUCUCAAUGUUCUCGAUAUCCCAUAUAUACACCAGUUGGAGAUGGAUAAUGCCUUCUAAUGCAUGUCACCACACAUGAUGGGGCCACUUUUCUGUUUCCUUUACCUAAAUAUCCAUAUGUAUCUAAAAUAUAAUUUCGGUAUGCCUGCUUUCUAAAUGCCCUGGUGCUAUUAUCACGUGGGUCAUUCCGGAUAUCACCAACAUUUCGGCUGCUAAGCAACAAAAAUUCUGGGUCAAGACAUAGUUUUCUAAAUCUUCUUGUGUUUGUAACACACUUCUUGUGCUUACAGCACUUGUUUUCAAUUGCCUGGGGCAUGAUAAAGCAAUGAUCACAUCUGCACCAAUCAGGAACAGGUUCCUGUCUUGCAUUGCUGUUUGAUAGGGAUGAUGCUUCCUGGAUAUUCCUCAUCACCAUCAUACAUUACAAUCAUCAUGCUAUGAAUAUAAUCCAUACUGCCAACCCCCUUUUGGAGGACACACGUUGCAAGCUGUUUUGAAGCCACUGAGCCUAAGGGGGUUCACUGUGGCAAAGCACAAGUUUCAUCCUCAAGCCCUAGUAGAGUUGCCCUAAAAACUGUCAUAGUACCCUUUGCUAACGAUUCAGGGGGUAAUCUUGGGAACAGUUCUUUUAGAUUCUGGUAGUGAAACAACCCUCAUUAGGUCUGGAUUUGCCAAACAAUUAGGGGUUCAAGGUCAAAGGCAAAAUCUCACUGUUGAUACUGUUGGAGGAGUGCGGACCACCCUCAAAUCUCAGCGUGUUUGUGUACCAUUUGCACCAGCGGUCACUGAUAUUAAUGUUUAUGCAUGGACUAUGAAAAAUAUAUGCGAACAGGUGCAGUCGGUUGAUUGGACGGAGAUAAAGAAACAAUAUGAACAUUUGUGUAAUGUUCCAGUCAUGUCGGCAGGAGAAACAGCAGUGGAUGUGUUGUUUGGACUGGAUGCAGACGGGAAAGCAUGGUCAGCCAUGUGCAGAGUUAACCCCACUUGGUUUGGUCAUUUCGGGUCCAGUGCCAACCACUACCAAACCAAUGAAACAUAUCUUACGUGUCCAUGUGGUAGAUGGUGAGGAAGAUGCUAAUCACCAGUUGCAAAAGUUAUGGGAGAUAGACAGUUUCGGUGUUCAUGUCGAGGCAACCACAUACACGCGUAGUGAACAGCGAGCCGUUGAUAUAAUGAAUGAAACAUGUCAUCGAGUGGAGUCGGGUUAUGAGCUGGGACUGCUAUGGAAAGCUGACAGACCGCCACUGCCUAACAUUUUCAAGUCAGCACUUAGCCGCCCGGAGUCGGUGGAACGCCGUUUGCAGAAGGAUCCCAAGUUAGCAGACGGUUAUUGCAAAGCCAUCGAUGCAUAUGUUUGCACGAAAGUUGUCGCCUGA